UGUGUGACGGUAAAAUCAUUUAAUGUAAAUCACUAUUUUGCAAUAACUUUGAAAUCUAGGUUACGUAAAUAUAAAGACUACCGCUUUGCAGUUGACUAUCUCCGUAAUGAAAAAUUGCAAAAUCGUUAGUACUACUUUUGAGUAAUCUCGACAAAUGCAAGAAGUUUCCAAUAGUUUGAAAGUGUUAUCUGAAAAUGACAAAGCAGAUGAUGAAGAGGUGGAGAUUGAGGUUCCAACUCCUGAGCAAUUCUUAAAACACCUUUUGCAAGAAGGUCCAAAAUAUCCACAUGAUGAAAGGCCCAAAUACAAGGGAGACAAAAACGACUUGCCAAAUUUCUACAACGAAAUAAUGUUCAAAAAGGGUCAAGAAUUCUUCCACAAAAACAUAACUGGAGUUUUUCUAGGAUGUUACCUCGCCUUAUUCGCUGGAUUUUCACAACCUUUUGCAAAAAUACUGCUAAUGACCAAUAAAUCAAGUACUCCGAUGACCGCAUACAAAAGAUAUUCAGCCACCAUUUUGCAUAUGUGUACUUGGUAUGACUCGGAUUUCGAACCUGGUUCAAAAUUAUGGUCGUCGAUUAAUAAAGUAAGGACAGUGCACCGCUCAGUAAAAAAAAAGAUUCUUUCAAAGGCAGAUUUGCGUCUAACUCAAUAUGAAAUGAGUGCAGUUAUUUUUGCGUUCAUGGGACUUCCAGUGAUAAGUAGUGAAAUGAUCGGAAUCCAUAAUCCAAGUGAACACGAAAUCAAUUGUUUCAUUCAUUUCUGGAGAGUAAUAGGUUAUCUCUUGGGAAUCAAAAACAAGUUCAACAUAUGCAGGAAUUCUGUGGAGGAAACAAAAAAAAUAUGUACUCUACUAGUUCAGAGAGACUUAAUUCCAAAAUUUAGAGCAGGGCGUACUGAAAUUGAUUUUGAAAUUCUAUCAAGAGCUUUCGUAGAAGGAGCCAGAUGUAUUUUGCCAGUGAAAUUAUCCUGUAGUCAUAUCAUUGACUAUCUGAACAUGUUGGUAUAUAGCAUUGAGGAUGGCGAGACUUUCGAAAAACAAACUUCUACAGAGAAAAGUAUUCAUGAGUUCAAUAUUUUGAGUUACUUAGUGUGGGCUUUGAAGUACAGUUUCGGAAGAUUCGUAUUGAACCAGAUAUUGAGAAUAGCGAUAUGGUCUUUGAGAAUAUUUCCCGUUCUUGGAUAUUUGAAAUUCAAAAUAUAAUUCAGGCCACUGACACAAUAAUAAUACUAAUCAACCUCUUUAGGAUUGUUUAAGUGAAAUAAUAGAGAGUAUUUCAGUA